UUUUACUCUCUCUCUCUCUCACACACACACAUACACACAUUUUCAAAGCUCGCGGCACAGAACAUGUCGACAGGCGGCACCACCAUCACCACCACCACUACUAUCACCGGCGGCACCACCACCACCACCACCACCACCACCACCACCACCAUAAACGGCGGCGUCACCACCACCACCAUCGGCGGCGCCACCAUCACCAUCAACGGCCGCUCCACCACUACCGGACGAAACCGUAGUCCACAUGUGCGAAUUUCUAUCUCAAGUCACGGUUCUCACCCUCCAAACCCUACCCGAACCCACCAACUCCACACCUCCGACUACAUCGACUCCGACGACGAACACGACUUGAACUCCAUCGUCGAUCGCAUCACCAAUCAACACGACGAAUACCAAAGCAACCGGUCAUCCCCUACCUCCAAAUCAUUCAUCGAUUCGCUACCAAUCCUCAAAUUUCUCGCUCUUUCUUCAUCCAAUUCUUGCCCUAGAUCCUGCUCAUGCUCAAUCUGUAUGGAUGACUUUGAAUUUUAUUCAGAGGUGAAUCAGUUGCCGUGUAAGCAUGUUUUUCAUCCAGAUUGUAUCGUUCCGUGGCUUAGUAGGAGCAAUUCGUGUCCCUUGUGUCGGUACAAGUUACCGGCGGAGCAAAAUCCUUGGUAUGACUUGAGAUCGGGGGAUGUUCAUGUGGAGGGGUAGGGUGAGUAUCAGGAGAGCAGUUUUCAUGAUGCAAUGUUAAGGAAUGGGUUUGUUCAGGCAAGGAUACGGUCAUCGUCUUCUUCGUCAGCCUCCUCGCGUAACGGGCAGAUUGGGAGUGGUUUGGCAGCGGCUGGAAAUAGGGAGGACUUGGUUUCAAGCCCGUUGGUGCAAAGGGAGAGUGAUGCUACGGUUGAUGAAGAUGGUGACACUUUGAUUGAUGACUCCUUUUGGGGACUAUACAGUAUUUUUGUUUAUGUAGCCUCUUUGGAAAGGCUCUGGUUAAUUCACUUCAAUUAUCCCGAACAAGGUGCAAAUUUGGACCUGAAGACAACACUACUAUCACUCUGCAUGGGUCUUUUUGUAUGGUUGAGCAGAUGGAAUGACCAGUAAUGGUUAUAUAGACGUGUCUUUUACUUCUUGAUUUCAUGUAUACAUACAUAUAUAAGUUGCUGGAAAAGUCUUUUAGCUAUUUACGCUUGGAUGUAAAUGUCCUUUCUAAUUUCGAAUAUAAAUUUACUAGGUUUCUUGCAUAUAA